AUGAAAUUAAAAGUGGUAUUGAUAGAUAAGGAGUACACCUUUAAGAGAUAUUCCAAAUAUUAAGACUUUGUUGAUUUGUUCUGCUCAAUGGAACCUCAAUUUGAAUUAGAUAGUUUUACUUAUUAUGAUGAAGAAUAGGAUCUCAUUACCAUAUAUAAAGAGGAAGACUAUAAUUGCUUUCUCGUUAGUUCAAUAUAAACCAUCUAAGCCAAAGGUAAAUAUAACUGUUAAGAGUUACAGUUACAAGCAGAGAAGAAUUUAAGUUUAAUUUAAAACUUUAAGAAAAAAGCCAUAAUAUUUACAGACAGGUCAAGAAAUGAUCUAAUUGAUGUAAUUAUUUCAUAUGAUUUCAUAGUAAAAGUUGUUUUAUGAACACUAUUUGUAAGUUACUCGUGCAAUUCAGUAAGUUCCAAUAGAAGAUUAACCAUUAUAAUAAGAAAAGAAUAUAAUCUUAAAAAAGAUUGAAGAGCAGAAUAAAAGAAUCGAUAAGAAUAAGAAACUAAAAAUGAAAACAGAUUUAGUUUAUCAUUUUUUAAGUUCAGAUAUUUGUUCAAUAGUUAAUUAAGUUGAUAAAAAACUGAGUUAUGAUCAAAAAACGUAGGAAGAAUUUGAUAAAUAGUUGGAAUCUACUUAUAAAUAGUUGGCUGAUUAGUUUUUAUAGGUUUAUUUAUAAAGAUAAAAUAAAAUAAUGGAGAUAAAAGAAAAGUAAUGGAAUGGAUAAAGGAAAUUGGCAGAAUUAAAAAAUAAUUUGAAUCAAAUUGAAUAUCAGAUAAAAAGAUAGAAUAAACAAUUAAAGUGGAAGGAAAACUAUUUUUUGUUGGGCAUCUAUGCAAUUAAGAGUUUGCUUAAGAAACUUUGA